CUCUCUUUAAUCAAUUAUUUAAACGGAAAAAAAAUACUUAACCGGAAAAAAUGGCUGGAGGUCUCGGGAAAUGCAGUAAGAUACGUCACAUUGUGAGGCUGAGACAGAUGCUCCGACGGUGGCGCGACCAAGCGCGAACAUCUUCUUUCAGCCGCAGCGUACCGUCGGAUGUACCGUCAGGACACGUGGCGGUCUACGUGGGGAGCAGCUGCAGGAGAUUUGUGGUGCGCGCGACGUAUCUGAACCAUCCCGUCCUAUGGAAUCUCCUGGUUCAGGCUGAGGAAGAGUUCGGUUUCGUUAACCAGGGUCCUUUGGUUUUCCCUUGCGAAGAAUCGGUUUUCGAGGAGUCGAUUCGGUUUAUUUCCCGGUCAAGAGGGUUUACUUGUCCCGAUGAUGUCAAGAAGAACUGCCACGUCGAGAUCAGAAGCGAUAGAUGGAUUGAAUCUCGACCGUUGCUUAAUGGCGUCUCCGAGAAAGCAAUAUGGUGAUCAUUUUGUCGGCAACGUACGUACAGAGUAAAUAGAGUAAUAAAAAAGAGAGCCGGUACUGACUCGGUUUGACUCGCCAUGGUAGCAGCCAGCCACUUUGAAUAAUCAUGUCAUUGACUCGGGCUCUUAUUUAUUUAUUGGUUUCUUCUUGUGUGAGGCGGCUGAGUUUACUGAGCUGAGUUAGACGCGGUGGCCAAUACAAAAGAGAUGGCCGUUAAAUGUGAUUUAAAUUGAUGUUGGCUCUAUCUCCUCCCAGUUCAAUUAAAUUGUAUAGAUUAUUUUUAAUUAUUGGUGAAAUUUGAUUACUGAUUCUAAAAAUCUAUGUGUAAGAUUCCA